AUGGCGGUAAACGCGGCGGCCACCGUAGACACGGGGGCCGGUACGGAGGACGCCAUGGACGCGUUGGUGGUACGAAAGUGCGUGGUCGCAAACGGAAUGACCUACCGAGGGACUGUCUCUGUGACCAAAAGAGGCCGGACGUGUCAGCGCUGGGACAGUCAGACACCUCACCAGCACCCCUGGACACCUGCGAAGUACCCAAAAGCCGGGCUGGAGCAGAACUACUGCCGGAACCCUGACGGCGAAACCGAAGGAGUUUACAUGAAGGGAAAUCCAUGGCAGUGCGACUGUGAGUUCCUGUCCGCCUACAAUACCUUCCCUCCCGCCAUCACCCUGCAGCUGUCGAACCCGAGCAUGACCUGUUCAUCGCCUUGGCAACACAUGAACCAGCUUGUGUCAAUGGUUGCACACGUUUCAGGAUGCACCAAAUCGUAUGUCUCAAAUGGAAUUGAAAAGGGCACGAAUAUCAACGGCUAUAACAAGAAUAAAGAAGGGGUCAAGAAUCUCUUGAAGACACGGCGACCUAACCUACGUCUCCAGAAGAAAACAUCUCAGCCAUUACCACAAAUACGUCCCCAACCGACUGUCCGUCUUAAACCCACCACAAUGCAGACGACAACUCAGAACGACUAUCAAAAGAAUCUGGACAUUGACAAAGUUCCUUCUAGAAAACCACGGGACAACAGGGAAAACAAAAAUCCGAACCAACGGAAAACCUUUCCCUCAUUUUCAUCCAACCGUCCACAGCCUGUCACAGAGAUGGCUGGAGGUCCACGGGUUACGGCAGAAGAGGGGAAGUUCAUCACGACAACUCGACAUGGCUAUCGGAAGAAUCCACACAUUGGCAAAACCGCUUUCAGCAAACUGGCCACUGGUCGACUGGUUACAGCAGAAGAGAGGACCAAGAUGACAACCACAGAAAGCACCAGACGUGACGGCACUACAUCCUUUGACGUCGACGCCAUCCGGACCUCCACGCUGGCCCGACAUUACAGUCAGUCCACCGAGCCAUUUACGGACAAGAAUCACGGAACUCUAGGUCAGGACGCCCCAACAAGCCAACGGACCACCUCCGAAUGGCCAAAGUUUGGUGCUAGACCAACUGACAACGACCCAGUCUUUGCACAAGAAUCCUCGGACAAGGCUCGUGGAACUCUUGAACAUAAAAUGCUAACAAACCGACCGACCACCUCCGAAUUGCCAAAGCCUGAUGUUCAUCCAAUCGACAACGAUAUGAAUCCAGACCAAGACCUGUCCAAAACAAACGACACAAUUACAGGCUCUCCUCAAUACCCGGCAACAAGUGCUGUCACCUCGGCUACUCUGAAACUGUUGACCCCUUUUCCGUCAGCUCGACUAAUGAAAAAGCACUACGUUAAGAUGUCCAAGACGACAACAUACGGUGCUACCGAAAUACAAAUCAUUGGGUUCUGA